AUGGGCUCUGGCCACUCCGACUCCACCCUUGCUACCUCAGAGCAGUCCUCGCACAGCGCCCCAAGCGUCGAGAAGCCUACCACGCAGACGAUGAGUCGAUGGACAAGAUCAGAGGGAGAAGAUGUACCGAUUGAAGGAGCUGCCGCUGCGCCGGACUUGUCGCCUAAACGAAGCACCGAAGGAGGUUCUGCCAAUUUACAAAGGUCGCGCUCCUAUGGCAACGGCUACGGCUGUACGGCUUUUAACGAUGAUGAAGGGACUACCAAGGACGCAGAGAAGGGACAAGAUCCCAAUAAGCAGUUCGAAGUUCGGUUCGAUGGUGACUCUGAUCCUAUGAAUCCAAGAUCCUUGAGCAAGACACGCAAGUGGGUGAUCGUGGCCAUUGUAUCCGCCGGCUCAACGUGUGUCACAUGUGCGUCGUCGAUGUAUACGUUAACAUACGGUCAAAUUACAACGGAGUUCCACGUUUCCCGAGUCGUCGCUACGUUGGGACUGAGCUUGUUCGUUAUGGGGUUGGGACUUGGGCCUAUGAUUCUUGGGCCUUUAUCUGAGUUCUAUGGCCGCCGUCCCGUCUACGUUUUUUCAUUUGGAUGUUUCCUGGUUUGGCUUAUUCCUUGUGCGGUGGCAAAGAACAUUGGAACAGAGCUUGUUUCCCGGUUCAUUGACGGUAUUGCGGGCAGUGCUUUUUUGAGUGUGGCUGGGGGCACGGUUGGCGAUAUGUUUGUACGGAAUGAACUGCAAGCUCCAAUGAUGAUCUUCACGGCCUCUCCGUUCAUCGGGCCGCCAAUCAGGCGGUGGACUUUCUAUGUGCUCAUCAUCUGGUCCGCGCUGAUGCUUGGCUUGAUCGUAUUGGGUGUGCCCGAGACCUAUCAUCCGGUCCUUCUUCGUCAUAAGGCUGCGAAGCUACGGAAAGAGACUGGCGAUGAGAGAUGGAAAGCGCCAAUCGAGAUUAUGCAACGCUCGAUCUUGCAGACUAUUUUGCGGUCCUGUUAUCGGCCAUUUUUGCUGCUUACCCUAGAGCCUAUGGUCCUGAAUCUUUGCCUGUUCUCCGCGAUAUUGUUGGGGGUCCUCUAUCUCUUCUUUGGCGCUUUCGAAAUCGUAUUCACGAACAAUCAUGGAUUUGAGCUGUGGCAAGUCGGCCUGAGUUUCACGGGCCUUUUGGUAGGCCAAUUGGUUGCAAUAGGAACGGACCCGCUGUGGCACAACAAUUAUCUUAGGCUAAUCCGGAAAAAAGAAGAGGAAGAUGGGGAGUCUGGGGGUUCAGAACCCGAGUACCGUCUGCCCCCAGCGAUUGCAGGAGGGAUACUCGUGCCAAUUGGCUUAUUCUGGUGCGCAUCAUCUAUUGUCGUAUUUCAAAUCGCAAAUCGCGAGCUGAUCUCGGUGCAGGUUUGCCUGGACCACGUUCGGCCGAAGGAUACGUGA